UCCAUGGGGGUAGAUCUUGGAUCGCGGACGACUAUAUAAUGGAGCUGCCCGCUCUUUCAGCUUUCAUACAAGCUCGCUUGCAUACACGCAUAUUUCCUUCACAGAUCUCUCUCUCUUCGUUGUGGUUUUCAGAGAUCAGAACGCGUGAUCCAGAGGGUACUCAAACAAGGCAAGAAGUAUGGUGAAGAUUUGCUGUAUUGGAGCAGGAUAUGUGGGAGGCCCUACCAUGGCCGUGAUAGCACUCAAGUGUCCUAAGAUUGAAGUGGCUGUUGUUGAUAUCUCUGUUCCUCGUAUCAAUGCCUGGAACAGCGAUCAACUUCCCAUCUAUGAGCCAGGGCUUGAUGAUGUGGUGAAGCAGUGCCGUGGCAAGAAUCUAUUCUUCAGCACAGAUGUGGAGAAACAUGUCUCUGAGGCUGACAUAGUCUUUGUCUCAGUCAAUACUCCCACCAAGACUCGGGGUCUUGGAGCUGGGAAAGCUGCAGAUUUGACAUACUGGGAGAGUGCUGCCCGCAUGAUCGCUGAUGUCUCAAAAUCUGAUAAGAUUGUGGUUGAGAAGUCAACUGUUCCUGUCAAAACAGCUGAGGCCAUUGAAAAAAUUUUGACUCACAACAGCAAGGGAAUUAAUUAUCAGAUUCUUUCUAACCCAGAAUUCCUUGCUGAGGGGACUGCAAUUCAAGAUCUUUUCAACCCAGACAGGGUUCUUAUUGGAGGCAGGGAAACUCCAGAAGGCCUUAAGGCCGUUCAAAAGCUGAAGGACGUUUAUGCUCACUGGGUUCCUGAAGAUCGCAUCCUUACCACCAAUUUAUGGUCUGCAGAGCUCUCAAAGCUUGCUGCUAAUGCAUUCUUGGCUCAAAGAAUCUCAUCUGUCAAUGCCAUGUCUGCUCUCUGUGAGGCCACUGGAGCAGAUGUCUCCCAAGUCUCUUACGCUGUGGGUAAGGACUCAAGAAUUGGUCCCAAGUUCCUUAAUGCCAGUGUUGGUUUUGGUGGAUCCUGCUUCCAGAAGGACAUUCUGAACUUAGUUUACAUUUGCGAGUGCAACGGCCUUCCUGAGGUUGCGGAAUACUGGAAACAGGUCAUUAAGAUUAAUGACUAUCAGAAGAACCGUUUUGUCAACCGAAUUGUCUCAUCCAUGUUUAACACAGUUGCCAACAAGAAAAUUGCUAUCCUGGGUUUUGCCUUCAAGAAGGAUACUGGUGAUACUAGGGAGACUCCUGCUAUUGAUGUUUGCCAAGGACUCUUGGGUGACAAGGCCCAGUUGAGCAUCUACGAUCCUCAGGUCACCGACGACCAGAUCCAGAGGGACCUUUCAAUGAACAAAUUCGACUGGGAUCAUCCUCUUCAUCUGCAGCCAAUGAGCCCCACGACAGUGAAGAAAGUGCAGACUGUGUGGAACGCCUAUGACGCGACAAAGGAUGCCCAUGCUGUUUGCAUUCUCACCGAGUGGGAUGAGUUUAAGCAGCUCGAUUACCAGAAGAUAUAUGACAACAUGCAGAAACCAGCCUUUGUUUUCGAUGGUAGGAACGUCGUCAAUGUGAAUAAGCUAAGGGAAAUUGGUUUCAUUGUUUACUCAAUUGGCAAGCCACUCGAUGCCUGGCUCAAGGACAUGCCGGCCGUUGCAUAAAUGCAUUGUAUUUGAUCAGAACGCCUGGUGUGCGAACCAAACAGCAUAUACCCGUGAGGCAGGCAACUACUGCACUCUAUUCUUUUACUACACAUAUAUUUGUCAUUUUAAAUAUUGGGGUUAGUUUGAUUUUUCUCAUUUGCCCUCUGUAGUAGAGAUCAUCCGAGUGUUGCUAUCUGGGCUUAAACAUAGAAGCUUUUAUGUUUCCUCUUAUAUUGUAUUGACGACAUUACUCUUGUCUAUUACCUGUCUUUCUUCAGGGACCUGAUUCGGUCUUUUGUUUGUGCUGUAAGGUUUAUAAAUAUUAGAAUCUAUAUUACUCAUUUGUUUUUGA